CAUGACCAAGCCCAAACCCAAGCAGAACUGCAGUGUCGUUGGCUGCACGGACCGGCAUCGAUCCUUGCACCGCGUCCCAAACACGAAGGACGUCCGAGCCAAGUGGAUUCAUUUUAUUUACGACGGAAACGUCCCGGCGUCCUUCGGCAAAAGUCUUUUCGUCUGUGCCAACCACUUCACGGCGGACUGCUUCAGCAACCUGGGCCAGUACGACGCCGGACUGGCACUGAGGCUGAGUGUGAAAGAUGGGUCCGUGCCAACUGUUCGAGCGACAGAAGAGGGAAGCCCUCCCCACCCACGGCGCUACUGCAGGAUCAACAACACGGUGCCGUUGCUGGCGCUGUACUUUGACGGGCAGAGCGACAUGAGGCCAGACUUCCGUCUCUCCAGGGCCUCCUUCUCUGCCCUGAUGGACCUCCUCGGGACCCAGUGUGACCACGGCUGGGGGCCCGUGAUCGAGACCCUGGUGUUUCUGUUCUGGUUGGCCAGCGGCGCCUCCUACCGUGUGGUCGGCCGAGCGUUCGACAUGCCCCGAACCAGCGUGCACCGCGCCGUCCACAGAACAAGCGGGAAGAUCCGCGCUCUCCUCCCCCGGGUGGUCGGCCUUCCGUCUGCCGAGGAUCUGGCCCCGCUGGGUGCCGGCUUUGCCCGCUUGGCCGGGUCGGCGGCCUUCAGCAGGGUGGUCGGCAGCAUCGGGGGCUGCCACGUCCGUGUCAAGCCGCCCCUGGAGGAAGCGGCCGGGUACCUCAACCCCAAGCGGUUCCAUUCGCUGCAGUUUCAGGCCAUCUGUGACCACACGGCCAAGUUCCUGGACGUGUUCAUCGGCUUCCCCGGGUCCGCGCGGGACACCAAGGUGCUGAAGCACAGCCCCAUCUACGCUCAGCGGAGAUACCCGCCACCCGGCUUCUGCAUCGUUGGGGACGGCGUCUACCCUUGCCUCCGACAACCCAUCGCCCUCAUGACCCCCUACAGGCACCCGGUCCGCAACCACCUCCAGGCCCGCUUUAACGGCCACCUCUCUAAAGCCCGCUGUGUCGUGGAGAGAGCUUUCGGCAUCAUGGAGACCAGGUGGAGGUCUAUUUUCUUAAAGGCUCUGGAGGUGGACGUCCUCUACGUCCCGGAGGUCAUCGCCUGCUGUACGGUCCUGCACAACAUCUGCCUGAGCAGCGGGGAUGUGCUUGAGCCGGAAGAAGCUCGGGGGGGCGAAGCGGCUUCCGACCACGCAGAGGACCCGGAGGAACCGCCGCCCGCGGGGACCGUCUGCGGCGCAGAGGACAGGCACAGGAUGGCCAUGCUGUGUUACGCCCCCGACCACGACUACUUGUAG